AUGGACAAUGGGAUGUUCUCUAAUUGUAUCAUGAUCAAAAACUGCUUCCUGCUCUACAUUUCCAUGAGUUUAGCCAGUCAUUUUGGCUUCUCACAAAUGCCAACACCUUCAGGGAAAGAUGACAACAUCACCAUAUUCACCAGGAUCCUGGACGGUCUUCUUGAUGGGUACGAUAACAGACUUCGGCCAGGCUUGGGAGAGAGAAUCACUGAGGUGAAAACAGAUAUCUAUGUCACCAGUUUUGGUCCAGUGUCAGAUACCGAAAUGGAAUAUACAAUUGAUGUUUUCUUCCGACAAAGCUGGAAGGAUGAAAGGCUUCGGUUUAAAGGACCAAUGCAACGCCUCCCUCUUAACAAUCUCCUGGCCAGUAAGAUCUGGACUCCUGACACUUUUUUCCAUAAUGGCAAAAAAUCUAUCGCCCACAACAUGACCACCCCGAACAAACUCCUGCGGCUUGAGGAUGACGGAACUCUUCUGUACACCAUGAGAUUGACAAUCUCUGCAGAAUGUCCCAUGCAGCUUGAAGAUUUCCCUAUGGAUGCCCAUUCUUGUCCGUUAAAAUUUGGAAGCUAUGCUUAUCCCAAUUCAGAAGUGAUCUAUGUGUGGACUAAUAGCACAGAUACAUCUGUGGUAGUAGCAGAAGAUGGUUCAAGGCUUAACCAGUAUCACUUGAUAGGACAUGUUGCUGGAACCGAAAACAUCACUACCAGUACCGGUGAAUACACUAUAAUGACAGCACACUUUCAACUGAAAAGAAAAAUUGGCUAUUUUGUCAUCCAGACUUACCUUCCAUGCAUUAUGACCGUCAUCUUAUCCCAAGUCUCAUUUUGGUUAAACAGAGAAUCUGUCCCUGCUAGAACAGUCUUUGGAGUCACUACAGUCCUCACAAUGACAACUUUAAGUAUCAGUGCUCGCAACUCUCUACCAAAAGUGGCUUAUGCUACGGCAAUGGACUGGUUUAUAGCUGUGUGCUAUGCCUUUGUGUUCUCUGCACUGAUCGAGUUUGCCACAGUCAACUAUUUCACAAAGAGAAGCUGGGCCUGGGAUGGCAAGAAAGCUUUAGAAGCUGCAAAACUGAAGAAAAAAGAGCGUGAAUUAUUGGCAAACAAAGCCAUUAAUGCUUAUGCUUCUGGAAGAAUGACCCCCACAUUAAACAUACCAAAGGACGCCACGCCUUCUGUCAUCUCCAACUCAGCUUCUGUUCCAGUAAAACCUGUUGAGAAACCAGCUGAAAACAAAAAGACCUAUAACAGCAUCAGUAAGAUUGACAAGAUGUCACGAAUAGUGUUCCCUGUCUUGUUUGGAACUUUUAACUUAGUCUACUGGGCCACAUAUUUGAACAGGGAACCUGUUAUUAAAGGUGCUGCUUCUCCAAAAUAA